AUGGCUAUUAGUGCUGGAGAGCUACAACCCCCCUUUGCCGAUCUUGCAUGGGCAUGCAACAAAGAGGCAUCCAACGAUUUCCGCUCCGAUUUCUUCACCAAGCCCACACUCCCCAUGCUUGAAGCCAUCAUCAAUACCUCCCUCGGCGAUGGCGACAUGGACGAAGACAAAACCACAAACUCCUUCCAAGACUACGUCGCCAGCCUCGUAGGCCAUGAGUCCGCCCUCCUAGUCGUCUCCGGCACAAUGGGCAACCAAGUCGCGCUUCGCUCCGCCCUCGGCGCCCCGCCACACUCCAUCCUCGCCGACCACCGCGGCCACAUCAUCAUCCUCGAAGGCGGUGGCGCAUCCAGCCUCUUCGGCGCAAUGAUCAAGCAAGUGGUCCCGUCAAACGGCCACCACCUCACCCUCGCUGAUGUCAAAAAACAUGCCACCACCACGACAACCGUGUAUGACUGCCCCACCCGCAUCAUCAGUUUGGAAAAUACCCUUUGGGGCACCGUCAUGCCGUUGGAGGAAAUCCGUGCUAUUUCCCAGUGGGCGCGCGCGCAGAACCCGCCAAUUCAUAUGCAUCUUGAUGGAGCAAGACUAUGGGAAGCAGUGGCGGCUGGAGCCUGCACUUUGCGCGAUAUGGGCGAAUGCUUUGACAGCAUCCAGAUGUGUUUUACCAAGGGUCUUGGGGCUCCCAUUGGAAGUAUUGUGACGGGUACUUUGGCGUUCAUCCAGCGAGCGAAGUGGAGUCGCAAGUUGCUGGGUGGGAGUACGCGGUCGUCUGGUGUGAUUGCUGCGCCGGCGCGUGUAGCUAUCGAUCAAGUUUUUCUUGCAGGCAAGCUGAAAGCUGCGCAGGAUAAAGCGGCGAGGGCGUCGCGGCUGUGGGAGCAGCUUGGUGGGAAGCUGGCGGUGCCGACGGAGACGAACAUUAUUUGGGUUGAUCUCGAAGCGUCGGGGUUGGUGCCUGAGGUUUUUUAUGCGACGGCGGGGAAGUUUGAUGUUAAGAUUGGGGCGCCAAUUUUUGGGCGGAUUGUCUUUCAUUAUCAGAUUAGUGAAGUGGCGUUUGGGAGACUUUGUGAAUUUUUCAGGGCGGUGUUCAGGGAUACAGGGAAACUCUAA